GUGGCCUCCUUCGUGCGCCGGGCGGUGGUGACCGCCUGCGAGAGCCUGGAGCCGAUCGACGCCCUCUUGGUGUCAGUGCAGAAGCUCCAUGUGCAUGAGCAAGCGAAGAAGAGGGCAAAAGUGAAUCCCGUGGAGGAGCUCAUACAGGCCUUGAUUGAGCUGCCUCAAGACGGGAUCCAGUCUCAGGCCCACACCUUCGGACGUAUCUUGAGAUUGUUGGUGAAGCUGUGCCAGCGUUGCGGGCCCGCUGCGCUGUUGUCCCCCAUGGUGGCAAGGAGUGGCAGCGACCGGAUUCGAGAUGUAUUGCGAUGUUUGGCAUUGCUGCCAGCCGAUGAUCUCCAGCGCUGGAAAACUCACUUGCAAGUGAAUCGCUUUCUGGACUUGCUCCUCCACUCCGACCUCAAGUCUGACAAUCUCGCAUGUGCCCUUCAGCAGAAGAUCCAAGAUGCAACCGAGGAGCCAGAGUUCCUCGAUCUCCUCUUGAUGAGACCUCCCACAGAGAUACGAAGCCAAAAGUCCUUUGACUUGAGCAAGAUCUUGGACGAAAUUGAUAAGUUCGAGUUCGUGAAGACCCUGUCGGUGGUGAAAGCAGCGUCCGAGAAGGCUACAGCAGUUGCACCACGAGAGCCCAAAGCACCAGCUGCCAGGACGGAGCCUGUGUAA